GCGGUCCCAGAGGUGCUCGGGGCAGCCCAUCAGGAGCGAGGGCCUCUCGCUGUGGGGGAGGUGGAGCCAGAGGGCGCUCACAAGCGAAUCCUGGCAGCUGGGAUUACACGAUGGACCAGAUGAAAAAUCGUGGCCUGGACGUCAAAUCCUUCCUUGAAGGGAAGCUGGUGGUCCUGGCUUUGGCCAUUGGUGUGGCCGAGCAAGAUGACUUUGCCAAUAUCCCUGACCUGCAGGAAACAGCGCAGGCACAACCACCAGCCAAUCAGGAGCCCCCUCCUGAGAAGAGGGGCAACAAGCCAGUUAACAGCCCCAAGGGCCGACCCCCCGACGGCCAGUCCGUGACUGACCUGGCCAACUCACUCACUGGAGACAUGGUGAUGCUGUCUCCAGGUUCAGAGGAUGAUGAUGGUGAAGGGCCCAUCAGUGAGAAGCUGGGCCGGAUCCAGUUCAGCAUAGGCUACAGUUUCCAAAACACGACCCUCACCGUCAAAGUUCUCCGGGGCCAGGAGCUCCCCGCAAAGGACUUCUCCGGCACCUCCGAUCCCUUCGUCAAAAUCUACCUGCUGCCCGACAAAAAGCACAAGCUGGAGACCAAGAUCAAAAGGAAGAACCUCAACCCGAACUGGAACGAAACCUUCUUGUUUGAGGGCUUCCCUUACGAGAAAGUGAGAGAGCGAACUCUGUACCUCCAGGUGAUGGACCAUGACCGCUUCAGCAGGAAUGACCCCAUCGGAGAGGUGUCAAUCCCCCUCAACAAGGUGGAGCUGGGCCAGAUAAAGACCUUCUGGAAGGAGCUGAAGCCCUGCAGUGAUGGCAGCGGGAGACGGGGAGACCUGCUUUUGUCUCUCUGCUAUAAUCCCACUGCCAACACCAUCACUGUGAACAUCAUCAAAGCGCGCAAUCUCAAAGCCAUGGAUAUCGGGGGCACCUCAGAUCCAUACGUCAAGGUGUGGCUGAUGCACAAGGACAAGCGUGUAGAGAAGAAGAAGACAGUGACCAUGAAGCGCUGUCUGAACCCCAUCUUCAACGAGUCCUUCCCCUUUGAAGUGGCCGCCCACGUACUGAGGGAGACCACCAUCAUCAUCACCGUCAUGGACAAGGACAGACUCAGCCGCAACGACGUUAUCGGAAAGAUCUACCUAUCGUGGAAGAGUGGACCCGGGGAGGUGAAGCACUGGAAAGACAUGCUCGCUCGGCCGCGUACUAACGUCGCCCAGUGGCACGCUCUCAAGGCCUGAUCGCACCGCCCAGCUUCGUCCACGGCCCCUCUCCGUCUCCCA